CCGCGUCUGCUAAAUUGGAAUCAAAAUUAUGACAAUCCGGAUCUCGUAGAAGGAGGAUCUCAUAUCGCGAAGAUCUCUGGGAUCAAAGCAUAUCUUGACAGUAUGGACUCAGUCCGUGAUUCGGAUCUCGUAUCGAUGAAUGACGGAUAUGAUAUAUGGUUUCAACUUCGACCUCAGAACAUUCUGGACCGCUACUUCGACAUCAACCGCCGCGCGGACGAACGGAUCGAGGAAGAGCUCCGCUGCGAGGUUGUGCCGAAACACGAUAUUCGACAGCAGAUCGUAUUUCCGUGUCAAAAACGUUGCUAGCCGUGGUUUGAAGAGGAUCCCUCAUGCUACGCGGUACCCGAGUCAUCCCUGCCUAAGGACAUUCUAUGGUCCUGAGACCGACACGGAUAUUGGAGAUGAGAGAAAG